AUGGCGCCCCAUAGCAUGCAUAUCGUCCUCCCCGUUCUGUGCCUCACCGUUGCCGUCACCGCCGCCCACGGCUUGUUGAUUGACUUCCGUGCUGACCUUAACCACCCCUACGCUGGCAGCUCGCUCUCUACGGACGACGUCAUUAUCCACGCCGCCCGCGCCAGUAGGGCCCGGGCGGCGAGGAUCAAUGCCAGGCUCGCACGCGUCCUCGGCAACCUCUCGGCAGCCGACGUGCCGGUCGCCCCGCUCAGCGACCAGGGCCACUCGCUGACCCUGGGCAUCGGCACGCCGCCGCAGCCGCGCACUCUCAUCGUCGACACCGGCAGCGACCUCAUCUGGACGCAGUGCAGGCUGUCCCGCCGCACGCGCACGGCGAGCCGGCAGCGCGAGCCGCUCUACGAGCCACGCAGGUCCUCCUCCUUCGCCUUCCUCCCCUGCAGCGACCACCUGUGCCAGGAAGGCCGGUUCUUCGACAAGAACUGCACCAAGAACAGGUGCAUGUACGACGAGCUGUACGGCAGCGCCGAGGCCGACGGCGUCCUCGCGUCCGAGACCUUCACCUUCGGCGUGGACAGCAAGCUCUCCCUCCCGCUCGGCUUCGGCUGCGGCGCGCUCUCAGCGGGGAGCCUCGUCGAUGCCUCCGGCCUCAUGGGCCUGAGUCCGGGGAUCAUGUCUCUCGUAUCGCAGCUGUCCGUACCAAGGUUCUCCUACUGCCUCACUCCUUUCGCCGAGCGCAAGACCAGCCCGCUGCUGUUCGGUGCAAUGGCCGACCUGCGAAAGUACAAGACGACGGCCCAGACCACUUCCAUAGUGAGGAACCCGGCAAUGGAGACGGCCUACUACUACGUGCCACUGGUGGGGCUGUCGCUUGGGACAAAGCGGCUGGACGUGCCGGCGACCAGCCUCGGGAUCAAGCCGGACGGCAGCGGCGGCACGAUCGUCGACUCGGGCAGCACGAUGGCGUACCUCGCGGAGAAGGCGUUCAGAGCCGUCAAGAAGGCCGUGCUGCAGACGGUGAGGCUCCCGGUGGUGAACGGGACCGACGACGAGGACUAUGACUAUGAGCUGUGCUUCGCGCUGCCGAGCGGCGUGGCGAUGGGGGCGGUGAAGACGCCGCCGCUUGUGCUGCACUUCGACGGCGGCGCGGCGAUGGUGCUGCCGCGGGAUAACUACUUCCAGGAACCGAGAGCCGGGUUGAUGUGCCUGGCUGUGGGCAGCUCACCGGAUGACUUCGGCGUGUCCAUCAUCGGCAACGUCCAGCAGCAGAACAUGCACGUGCUGUUUGAUGUGCGCAACCAGAAGUUCUCCUUCGCGCCCACAAAAUGUGAUGAAAUCUGA